UCGCAUUCCAAACCCUGAAAGUGAAAGGCAGCUUUAUGCAUGGCGCUAGAAACACUACACACCAAAACCACCUCUUUCUCAUAUUCAUCUGACAUAACCUAAUAAAUACAAUUUUAUUUAUUAUUCAAUUAAAUAUUUUUAAUGAUUGAGAAAGAGAGAGAAGCAGCUACAGUUUCCAAUUCUCCAGCAGAGGAUUUUUGUUUUUCUGUUUGUUCACGAAAGUUUCAGAUAUCCACUGCAAAAUGGUGGUGUUCGAGCUGUUGCUAAAACAAGAACAAAUUGCUGAAAGGCUUGAUGCUAAGGUCUUACCAAAUAAAGAUAUCUAUAAUGGAGAGUUUAAAGGAAUACUUCCACAUGGAAAUGGAAAAUAUACAUGGACUGAUGGAACAGUCUAUGAGGGUGAGUGGGAAGAGGGUAAAAUGACUGGAAAAGGACAGAUAAUUUGGUCAUCAGGAGCAAAAUAUGAAGGUGAUUUCUGUGGUGGCUACCUUCAUGGAUUUGGCACCUUAACCGGACCUGACGGAUCUGAAUACAGAGGAGCCUGGAGGAUGAAUAUACAGCAUGGGCAUGGAAAGAAAGAGUAUGCUAAUUCAGAUUUUUAUGAAGGUUUGUGGAAGGAAGGAAUGCGCGAAGGUAAUGGUAAGUAUUCUUGGAAUAUUGGUGGACACACAUACACAGGAAAUUGGAAAGGUGGAAAAAUGAAUGGACAAGGGGUUAUGAAGUGGGAAAAUGGUGAUCUUUUCGAUGGCUAUUGGUCGAAUGGUUUAAGAGAUGGUUCUGGAGUUUAUAAGUUUGCAGAUGGUGGAUGUUACUUUGGGUCAUGGAGUAAGGGUUUAAAGGAUGGAAAAGGAACCUUCUAUCCUCCUGGAACUAAGCUUCGAUCUUUAAACUCACUAUCGCACAGCUCAUCGUUAGAGUCGGUGCAGGGAGUGGUUCCAAAACCAAGUGUCACCCGCAGUUUUUCUGCGAAAAAAUUAGUUGGUGGAAUAUUGAGAAGUUCAGGUCAACCAAAAUGCGGAACAAACCCGAUAGAUGACAAAUUUGCUCCUUCUCACACUACCGGAGAAUCAAUAUGUAAUGAGCCAUCACACAUGCUUUCUCAGGCCUCGGACAUUGCCCAAAAAGAUUUGCAGGGUAUAAUUUAUGAAAGAGAAUACAUGCAAGAAGUGUUGUUCAAAGAGAGAGUCAGAAUUAUAGAAAAAUCACGAAAAAGUAAACAGAAACUUAAAUUUCAUGUCAAAGUAAUAAAGAAGCCACACGUGGAUAAUUUUGAGGCCCAAAAAAGCUAUUAUCUAAUGCUCAAUUUGCAGCUUGGUAUCAGAUAUACUCUUGGCAAGAUCACACCAUUGCCUAUGCGCGAAGUUCGAGCCUCUGAUUUUGGAGAUAGCGCUGCAAUAAGCAUGUAUUUCCCUAGAAUGGGUUCCCAUUUUACACCUCCACACUAUUCUGUCGAUUUCUACUGGCAAGAUUAUCGCCCUAUGGUCUUCAGGAAUCUAAAGGAGAUGUUUAAAUUAGAUGCAGCUGAAUAUAUGAUGUCCAUUUGCGGCGAUGAUGGUCUAAGGGAGCUUUCUUCUGCAGGCAAAAGUGGCAGUUUGUUCUAUCUUUCUCAUGAUGAUAGAUUUGUGAUAAAAACAUUAAAGAAAUCUGAACUCAAGCUCCUUCUCAAGAUGCUUCCCAACUAUUAUGAUCAUGUAGUAAAGCAUGAAAAUACUCUAAUAACAAAGUUCUUUGGCGUCCAUCGAAUAAUAUUAAAAGGUGGAAGAAAGAUACGCUUUGUGGUCAUGGGAAAUAUGUUUUGCACGGAAUUGAAAAUACAUAGAUGCUAUGAUCUGAAGGGGUCAACUCAAGGAAGAUUUACAGAUGCUGAUAAAAUGGAAGCGAAUAAGGCCUUGAAAGAUCUUGAUCUUACAUAUGAAUUUCAGAUGGAUAAAUUGUUGCGGGAGUCCCUCUUCAAACAACUUUCCGAAGAUUGCCAUUUCCUGGAAUCUCAACAUAUAAUUGACUAUAGCCUUUUAUUGGGAUUACAUUUUAGAGCUCCUGAGCAGUUGAAGGCUAUACUACAAUCCGCUGGUGCAAUGCCGAAUAUUCCAGAAAAUUUACCUUUUGGAGAUGGUAUAACGUCACAAGUGGAGCCUCUGAUUUCAACGGGGUUGCUCCUAGUUACGCAUGAACCGAGCUUUGUCAACACAGCACCUGGUCCUCACAUAAGAGGGAAUAAUCUUAGAGCACAUUCUGCUGGUGCAAAGGAAGUUGAUCUCUUACUGCCCGGCACAGCAAGAUUGCGGGUGCAGUUAGGAGUAAACAUGCCGGCUCAAGCUAGCCGCAAACAUCAACAGGAGGUUAAUUCCAUGGAGGUUGAACUUUUUGAGAUAUAUGAUGUGGUCCUCUACAUGGGCAUAAUUGAUAUAUUGCAGGGAUACAAUUUUAAAAAGAAAAUUGAGAAUAAAUUCAAGUCGUUGAAGUACGACGGUUCGACUAUUUCUGCUGUUGAACCGAAGUUGUACGCCGACCGUUUCCUCAAGUUGUUUCAGCAGAAAGUUUUCGCUGAGCAACCAUGAAAAAAAGAAAGCCUUACAGUUUUUGUUCCUCUUACAAUUGAAAGAUAUUUAUGCAAUGCUUACUCUCAUUACAUAAUUCUUUUACAAAAUAUCAUUUGUAUAGAAAGAUCAAGCACAUGAAGUUUAUGCAAAAGAUUUGCAUAUCUAUCAGCUUUUGUUUU